AUGGACCAUGAGGCCCCCACGAUCAGGCCGCGGCGCAUCCAGAACCAGAAUGUCAUACACCGCCUGGAGCGGCGCCGGAUCAGCUCGGGCAAGGCUGGUACCCACUGGCACCAAGUCCGCAUCUUCCACCAGAACGUCUUCCCCAACUUCACCGUGGUCAACGUGGAGAAGCCGCCGUGCUUUCUGCGCAAGUUCUCCCCUGAUGGCCGAUACUUCAUCGCCUUCUCCUCUGACCAGACCUCUCUGGAGAUCUACGAGUACCAGGGCUGCCAGGCGGCCGAGGACCUCCUGCAGGGCUACGAGGGGGAGAUCCUGGCCAACGGCAGCGACCAGAGGUCUGUCAACAUCCGGGGGCGGCUCUUCGAGCGCUUUUUCGUGCUGUUGCACAUCACCAACGUGGCCUCCAACGGGGAGCACCUGAACCGGGAGUGCAGCCUGUUCACGGAUGACUGCCGGUACGUGAUCGUGGGCUCAGCUGCCUACCUGCCCGAGGAGCCCCACCCGCCCUUCUUCGAGGUGUACCGCAACAGCGAGUCCGUGACCCCCAACCCCCGCUCCCCGCUGGAGGACUACUCCCUGCACAUCAUCGACCUCCACACGGGCAGGCUGUGCGACACGCGGACCUUCAAGUGCGACAAAGUCAUCCUGUCUCACAACCAGGGGCUGUACCUGUACAAGAACAUCUUGGCCAUUCUCUCUGUUCAGCAGCAGACCAUUCACGUCUUUCAGGUGACGCCCGAGGGGACGUUCAUCGACGUGCGGACCAUCGGCCGCUUCUGCUACGAGGACGAUCUCCUGACCCUGUCUGCGGUGUACCCCGAGGUGCAGCGGGACACUCAGACAGGAAUGGCCAACCCUUACAAAGAGCCCUUCAUAAACUCCCUGAAGCACAGGCUGCUGGUGUACUUGUGGAGAAGGGCCGAGCAGGACGGAAGUGCUAUAGCAAAAAGAAGGUUCUUCCAGUACUUUGACCAGCUGAGGCAGCUCCGCAUGUGGAAGAUGCAGCUCUUGGAUGAGAACCAUCUGUUUAUUAAAUACACAAGCGAAGACGUGGUCACGCUGCGGGUGACAGAUCCUUCCCAGCCCUCGUUCUUCGUUGUGUACAACAUGGUGACCACGGAGGUCAUUGCCGUGUUUGAGAACACAUCUGAUGAGCUGCUGGAGCUGUUUGAGAACUUCUGUGACCUCUUCAGGAAUGCCACCCUGCACAGUGAGGCUGUCCAGUUCCCCUGCUCAGCUUCCAGCAACAACUUUGCGAGGCAGAUCCAGCGCCGGUUCAAAGACACGAUUGUGAACGCCAAGUACGGAGGGCACACGGAGGCUGUGCGGCGGUUGCUGGGGCAGCUCCCCAUCAGUGCUCAGUCCUACAGCGGCAGCCCCUACCUCGACCUGUCCCUUUUCAGCUAUGAUGACAAGUGGGUGUCAGUCAUGGAGCGGCCCAAGACCUGUGGUGAUCACCCCAUAAGAUUUUACGCUCGUGAUUCUGGCCUGCUGAAGUUCGAGAUCCAGGCGGGGCUCCUGGGGCGCCCCAUCAAUCACACGGUGCGGCGCCUGGUCGCCUUCACCUUCCACCCCUUCGAGCCCUUCGCCAUCUCGGUGCAGCGCACCAACGCCGAGUACGUGGUCAACUUCCACAUGAGGCACAGCUGCACCUAGAGGGACUCGGGGCUGCUCUCCUUGGCUCUCAAAGCCAGAUGCUCUGGGAAACCAAAUCAUCACUCGUGGAAAGAAGCCUCACCUCAGAGCUCCUAUC